AUGAGGAGGUGUGGGGGGGGUGAGGAGGUGGGGGGGGGGGGUGAAGGUAGAUGUGGGGGGAGGGGAGGGCGGGGGUUGAGGAGGUGGGGGGGGGGGGGGCGGGGGGGGGGGGGGGGCGGGGGGGUGGGGGGGGGGGGGGGGGGGGGGGGGGGGGGGGGGGGGGGGGGAGGUAGGGGGGUGGGGGGGGGGGGGGGGGGGGGAAGAGGAGGGGGGGGGGGUGGGGGGGGAGGGGAGCGGGGGGGGGGGGGGGGGCGGGGGGGGGGGGGGGGGGGGGGGGGGGGGGGGGGGGGGGAGGGGGGGAAGGGGGCGGGGGGGGGAGAGGGAGGGGGGGGGGCAGGGGGGGGAGGGGGGGGGGGGGGGGGGGGGAGGGGGGGGGGAGGGCGGGAGGGGGGAGAAGGGGGCGGGGGGGGAGGGGGGGAGGGGGGGGGGGGGCGGCGAGGGCGGGGGGGGAGGGGGGGGGGGGGGACGGGGGUGCGGGGGGGGGGGGUCGGGGGGGGGGGGGGGGGUCGGGGGGGGGGAGGGGGUGGGGGGGGGGGGGGGGGGGGGGGGGGUGGGGGGGGGGGGGGCGGGGGGAGGGGGGGGGGGGGGGCGGCGGGCGGGGGGGGGAAGGUCGGGGAGGGGAGGGGGAGGGAGGGGGCGGGGGUAGGGAGGGGGGGGGGCGGGGGGGACGGGGGGGGGGGCCGGGAGGCCGGGGGGGGGGGGGGGAAGGAGGGGGGCGGGGGGAGAAGGGGGGGGGGGGGUUCCGGGGGGGGGGGGGGGGGGGGGGGAGGGGGGGGAGGCGGGGGGGGGGGGGGGGGGGGGGGGGGGGGGGGGGGGGGGGGGGGGGGGGGGGGGGGGGGGGGGGGGGGGGGGGGGUGGGGGGGGGGGGGGGGGGUGGGGGGGGGGGGGGGGGUGAUGGGGGGGGGGGGGAGGGGGGGGGGGGGGGGGGGGGGGGGGGGGGGGGGGGGGGGGGGGGGGGGGGGGGGAAUUGGGGGGGGGGGGGGGGGGGGGGGGGGGGGGGGGGGGGGGGGGGGGGGGGGGGGGGGGGGGGGGGGGGGGGGGGGGGGGUUUGGGGGGGGGGGGGGGGGGGGGGGGGGGGGGUGGGGGGGGGGGGGAUGGGGGGGGGGGGGGGGGGGGGGGGGGGGGGGGGGGGGGGGGGGGGGGGGGGGGGGGGGGGGGGGGGGGGGGGGGGGGGGGGGGGGGGGGGGGGGGGUGGGAGGAGGCAUGCGGGGGGGUUGUUUGUGGGUUUGGGUUGUGUUGUUGGUUUUUUGUUGGUUGGGUUGUGGGGGGUGGGGGGUUUUGGUGCGAUGUUAUCUGUGUCAUUCUUUGUUUCUUCCCCCCGAGUGUCCUCCUCUCUUCAUCUGGCUGCAGAAACAUCUUUUCGUAUCCAUUCGCACAUCCUGUCUUCCCCCACUGUGGCUUCUUGUCUGCUCCUGUGCUUCUCGUCUCUUUUUCCCCCCCUUUUUCCACCCCUCCUCCCUCUCCGUCUCGUUCUCGUCUCUGUUCUUUCUGUGUUCUGUUACCUGA